AUGCCGUCUACAGCUUUGCGCCUGCGCACCCUCGGGGCCUUUGCGCGCCAUGCGACAAACCCCUCCGCCGUCUUAACCAGAUCCUUUUCUGCAACCGCCCGUCGAGCCGAGAUCAACAAAGUGCUUCCCUCCGCUGCCGAGGCAAUCAAGGACAUGAAGGCCAAUUCCACACUGCUGUGCGGUGGCUUUGGUCUUUGCGGCGUUCCCGACACUCUCAUCGAUGAGGUCCUCAAAAAGCCAGAAAUCACCGGUCUGACAGCCGUGUCAAACAACGCCGGCACCGAUGCCUCUGGCUUGGGCAAGCUUCUCAAGACGAAGCAGGUCAAGAAGAUGAUUGCCAGCUACAUUGGCGAGAACAAGACAUUCGAGACAAUGUACCUGACCGGCGAAGUCGAGCUGGAGUUGACUCCUCAGGGAACUCUCGCCGAGCGGUGCGCGGCCGGCGGCAAGGGUAUUCCUGCAUUCUACACUCCUGCGGCCUUUGGCACCGUUGUCCAGACGGGCGAUCUGCCGCUCAAGAACAAGCCUGACGGAUCACCCGACGUCUACUCCUAUCCCAAGGACGUCAAGGUUUUCAACGGAAAGCCCUAUCUGCUGGAAGAGAGCAUUGCUGGAGACUAUGCCUUUGUCAAGGCUUACAAGGCCGACAAGCUCGGAAACUGCCAGUUCCGCCUGGCUGCCAACAACUUCAACGGCGCCAUGGGCCGCAACGCCAAGAUCACCAUUGUUGAGGCCGAGCACAUUGUCGAGCCAGGCGAGAUUCCUCCCGAGGCGGUCCACCUCCCCGGCAUCUACGUCAAGCGCGUCAUCCAAAGCACCAGCCCCAAGAACAUCGAAAAGUUCACCUGGGCCAAGGACGAGGCCGACCCCGCGGCAAAGGCUGCUCUGGGAACAGGCGAGACCGCGGCCAAGAGGGAGCGAAUCGUGAAGCGUGCUGCCAAGGAGUUCAAGAACGGCAUGUAUGCCAACCUGGGUAUCGGCAUGCCCAUGCUUGCCCCUGGCUUUGUCGGCCCCGAAGUUGAGGUCCAGCUGCAGUCCGAGAACGGCAUCCUCGGCCUUGGCCCGUAUCCCAAGAAGGGCGAAGAAGACGCCGACCUGAUCAACGCUGGUAAGGAGACGGUCACUCUCAAGCCCGGUGCUGCCGUCUUCGGUAGUGAGGAGAGUUUCGGCAUGAUCCGCAGCGGCAGAAUCAACUUGACGAUCCUUGGUGCCAUGCAAGUCAGCGCAACUGGCGAUCUCGCCAACUGGAUGCUGCCAGGCAAGGUCAAGGGCUUUGGCGGUGCCAUGGAUCUCGUGAGCAACCCCAGCGCUACCAAGGUUGUCGUCACCAUGGAGCACACCGACAAGAAGGGCAACCCCAAGAUUGUGAAGCAGUGCGCGUUCCCACUGACUGGCCGGGCUUGCGUUUCAAGAAUCAUCACAGAGCUGGCCGUUUUCGACGUCGAUUUCGCCCACGGUCUGACCCUCAUUGAGAUUGCAGACGGAGUUACAGUAGAGGAGAUCAAGAGCAAGACAGAAGCUCCCUUCACCGUUGCAGACGACCUGAAGAAGUUUUAA